UUACAAGCGGCAUCAGCGGGGAAAGAGCUUGACGCGUACGCAAAAGCGGCUAGUGUGGUUGAAGAGGCGCUGAACGGCGUACGUACAGUUUAUGCAUUCGGAGGGGAAAAAGUCGAAGUUGAUCGAUACGCAAAACUAUUACAACCGGCCAAAGAGGCAGCCAAACGCAAAGGUUUAUACUCAAGUAUUAGCGAUGGCGUAACACGAUUUCUAUUUUUUGUGAGCUGUGCAUUAUCAUUCUGGUUUGGUGUGCAAUGGGUGCUUCGUGAUCGUGAUAACAUUGAUAAACAAUACACACCGGCUACACUUCUCAUCAUAUUUUUCAGUUUGGUCAGUGCGGCUGAUAACUGUAGCGAAACGACACCGUUUUUACUAACAUUUUCGGUGGCGCGUGGAUCGGCGAAAAGUAUUUUCGCUGUGAUUGAUCGCAUGUCAACAAUCGAUCCAGUCAAUAACAAUGGAGAAAAAUUUGGACCAAACGAUGUCAACGGACACAUCGAAUUCCGAAAUGUUUGCUUUAGCUAUCCGUCUCGACCCGAUGUUCAGAUUUUGCACGAUUUCAACCUUGUAAUUGUACCGGGUCAAACGGUUGCACUCGUCGGAAAUUCAGGCAAUGGAAAAUCCACUUGUUUACAUUUGUUAGAACGUUUUUACGAUCCAAUUAAAGGUGAAGUGCUUUUGGAUGGUCAAAACUUGAAAUCUUUAAACAUUCAUUCAUUACGUUCGUGCAUAGCGAAUGUGGGUCAGGAGCCCGUUUUAUUUUCAACAACAAUUGGCGAGAAUAUUCGAUAUGGGAACCCAAAUGCAACGGACGAACAUAUCAUGGAAGCUGCUAAGAGUUCUGGCGCUCAUGAUUUUAUAUCGGAAUUAUCACAGGGUUACGAUACACCAGUCGGAAGUAAUGGUUCACAGCUUUCCGGUGGACAAAAACAACGCAUAGCCAUUGCACGUGCACUUGUACAGAACCCAAAGAUUUUGCUUUUAGAUGAAGCAACUUCCGCUCUUGACUAUCAGUCAGAGAAAUACAUUCAAGAGACAUUGGAUCGCGCUAGCAAAGGCAGAACAACAAUUGUAGUUUCACAUCGACUAUCAGCAAUUAAGGGAGCCGAUCGAAUUUUAUUCAUUGAAAAGGGUAGAGUUGUCGAAGAGGGAACACAUGAACAAUUACUCGAAUUGAAGGGCCGAUACUAUGAUAUGGUUAAGAGCGAAGAUUUGGAUAAGAAAAUUUACCGCAAACGAAAAUCAAUCACAAAUAAUUCACACAACGAACAAACGGCCAACUACGAAGAUUCACUUGACGAACGGAGCAAUGAUUCAGAUGACUCAAUCAUUGAAGAUGAAGUAAACAGCGAGGAUAAACCAAAAGAAGACAUUAAAUACUGGCACAACUUUUUGCGCAUAUUACGACUAGCGAAACCAGAAUGGAAGAAUUUGACGACUGCCAUUUGCUCAGCGUUUAUUGUUGGAUCCGCUUUUCCACUUUUUUCUGUCGUUUUUGCCGAAGUUUAUGGAGUAUGUGGUUGACGUUUUUACGAUUUGAGAAACAUUUUCUUUAAUUUAUGCAAAUAUUCUUAUGUUGAGUCCAAGUGCUCAUACUAUAAAUUUAUAUGACAGAUAAAAUUUUGAAACGUUUUUAUUCUGCAUUUGGCUGGGGUGCUUGGUCAGAUUCUUUAAAUUUAUGCCAAAUUGAUGCAAAUAGAACAAAAUGUACCCAUGAUUUCUUCAUUUUUUCAGUUUGAUAACAGUUUCAAUUUUAAAGUAGACUAUAAAUUUAUUGGGUAUACUAUAAAAUUUUUUUUUGCUCUUUUCUGUGUUUUUUCGAAAAAUUUCAGUCCUAUGGAAUGAGUUAGGACAAAUAAUGACGAUUUGCAUCAAAAACCUCAUUGAUUUCAUCAAUUUUUUUUUGAUUUUCUUGAGUUUUUUCGGUGAAAAUUGAUUUUUCUGAAAUUGUUUUUUUUUCGACUUUCCUUUAUUUUUUUUGCAAAAUUUCAAUCGAAUGGAAC